GCUAGGAGAGGAUGAGGGACAGCUACGAAGGGAAGAGGACACAAGAGGUCACAAGAGAAAGCCCAGAGAAAAGAGAUUUGCAUAGAGAUUUGCAGGGAGACUCAAGUUGCUGUCUCCCCGCUCGCUUGUUUCCCCUACUUACCGUUAAAACCUGCGAAAAUAUUGCCAAGUGCUCCAGAAUUCUUCAGAUCGCUAGAACGGACCGUGAACCUACCAGGCCUGGGAUGGUUACACAACAGGGUCCAAUCAAGAAAACAGUCAAAGGAAUCUUUGUGGUAUUCUUCUUCAGAGCUCCCUACUCCUGUUGGCUGAAGACUCUCACCAAAAUUGCUCUCAACUGUUGACACUAUUCUGAGAGAGGAGGGCAGCCUCAAAAAUCAGCGAAACAUUCAGAAGAUUCUUGGUGCAGUGGAUCUUCAGAAGCAAAUGUCAUGGUUCCUGUGUCAUUGAACUUAUGUUUUCUGUCAGUCCUGGAAAAAUCACAGAGCAAUGCUAAGAAGUUUGGUUUAAAGAAUUAAAAGCAAGAGUACUUCUCCAGACAAGACCUUCUUCAGAGUUCCCUGUGUGAAAAUUAUUUAAACAUUGCACGCAAAGCUUUUGUGGAAGAAGAAAAGGAAAUUCAGUUUGUGGGUCUCAGCAGGAGUUAAGCUAAUGCAGCUUAAAAUAAUGCCGAAAAAGAAGUGUUUAUCUGCAGGCAGAGUGCCCCUGGUUCUUUUCCUGUGCCAGAUGAUUAGUGCACUGGAAGUACCCCUUGAUCCAAAACUUCUUGAAGACUUGGUACAACCUCCAACCAUUACUCAACAGUCUCCAAAAGAUUAUAUUAUUGACCCCCGGGAGAAUAUUGUCAUUCAGUGUGAGGCCAAAGGGAAACCUCCUCCAAGCUUCUCAUGGACCCGAAAUGGGACCCAUUUUGACAUAGAUAAAGACCCUCUUGUCACGAUGAAGCCUGGCUCAGGAACCCUCAUAAUAAACAUCAUGAGUGAAGGGAAAGCAGAGGCCUAUGAAGGGGUCUAUCAGUGUACAGCCAGGAAUGAACGCGGAGCUGCAAUUUCCAACAACAUUGUUGUCCGACCAUCUAGAUCACCAUUGUGGACCAAAGAAAAACUUGAACCAAUAAUACUUCAAAAUGGCCACUCUUUAGUACUUCCUUGCAGACCCCCAAUUGGAUUACCACCACCUAUAAUAUUCUGGAUGGAUAAUUCCUUUCAAAGACUCCCACAAAGUGAGAGGGUUUCCCAAGGUCUGAAUGGAGACUUAUAUUUUUCCAAUGUUCUCCCAGAGGACACCCGUGAAGACUAUAUCUGUUAUGCCAGAUUUAAUCACACCCAAACCAUACAGCAGAAGCAACCUAUUUCUGUGAAGGUGAUUUCAGUGGAUGAAUUGAAUGACACUAUAGCUGCUAAUUUGAGUGACACUGAGUUUUAUGGUGCUAAAUCAAAUAGAGAACGGCCACCAACAUUUUUAACUCCAGAAGGCAAUGCAAGUAACAAAGAGGAAUUAAGAGGAAAUGUCCUUUCACUAGAGUGCAUUGCAGAAGGACUGCCUACUCCUAUUAUUUACUGGAUAAAAGAAGAUGGAACGCUGCCAGCCAACCGAACAUUUUAUAGGAACUUUAAGAAAACUCUGCAGAUCACUCAGGUUUCAGAAGCAGACUCUGGAAAUUACCAGUGUAUAGCAAAAAAUGCAUUAGGAGCCAUCCAUCAUACCAUUUCUGUCACAGUUAAAGCGGCCCCAUACUGGAUCAUGGCACCUCAAAAUCUUGUGCUGUCCCCAGGAGAGGAUGGGACCCUGUUCUGCAGAGCUAAUGGCAACCCCAAGCCCAGAAUUAGCUGGUUAUCGAAUGGAGUCCCAAUAGAAAUUGCCCCUGAUGACCCCAGCAGGAAAAUUGAUGGCGAUACCAUUAUUUUUUCAAAUGUUCAAGAAAGAUCAAGUGCGGUCUAUCAGUGCAAUGCCUCCAAUGAAUAUGGAUAUUUACUGGCAAAUGCAUUUGUAAAUGUGCUGGCUGAGCCACCACGAAUCCUUACUGCAACAAACACUCUCUAUCAGGUCAUUGCAAACAGGCCUGCUUUACUAGAUUGUGCCUUCUUUGGGUCUCCCCUGCCUACCAUUGAGUGGUUUAAAGGAGCUAAAGAUAGUGCUCUUCAUGAAGAUAUUUAUGUUUUACAUGAAAAUGGAACUUUGGAAAUUCCUGUGGCUCAGAAGGACAGUACAGGAACGUAUACGUGUAUUGCAACGAACAAGUUAGGAAUGGCAAAGAAUGAAGUCCACUUAGAAAUCAAAGAUCCAACGAGGAUCAUAAAACAGCCUGAAUAUGCAGUUGUGCAAAGAGGGAGCACAGUGUCCUUUGAAUGCAAAGUGAAGCACGACCACACCUUGAUCCCCACUGUCACGUGGCUGAAGGACAGCAGCGAGCUGCUCAGUGAUGGACGGUUCACUGUUGACAAGGACCAUUUGGCGAUAGUGGAUGUGAACGAUGAUGAUGGUGGGACUUACACCUGCGUGGCCAACACGACCCUGGACAUGGUCUCUGCCAGUGCCGUGCUUAGCGUCGUGGCUCCUACUCCAACUCCAGCUCCCAUUUACGAUGUCCCGAAUCCACCCUUUGAUUUAGAAUUGACAGAUCAGCUUGAUAAAAGUGUUCAGUUGUCAUGGACCCCAGGCGAUGACAACAAUAGCCCUAUUACAAAAUUCAUCAUUGAAUAUGAAGAUGCAAUGCACGAGGCUGGGCUUUGGCAUUACCAAACGGAAGUUUCUGGAACACAGACCACAGCCCAGUUGAAGCUGUCCCCUUACGUGAACUACUCCUUCAGAGUGAUGGCAGUGAACAGCCUGGGGAGGAGCUUGCCCAGUGAGGCAUCUGAACAGUAUUUGACUAAAGCUGCAGAACCAGAUAAAAAUCCCACGGCUAUUGAAGGACUAGGAUCAGAACCUGAUAAUUUGGUGAUUACAUGGAAGCCCUUGAAUGGUUUCGAAUCAAAUGGGCCAGGCCUUCAAUACAAAGUCAGCUGGCGCCAGAAAGAUGGUGACGAUGAAUGGACGUCAGUGGUGGUGGCAAAUGUGUCCAAAUACAUUGUCUCAGGCACUCCAACCUUUGUUCCCUACCUGAUCAAAGUUCAAGCCCUGAACGAUGUGGGGUUUGCUCCAGAGCCAGCCGUAGUCAUGGGGCACUCUGGAGAAGACCUUCCAAUGGUGGCUCCUGGGAAUGUUCGAGUGAGUGUGGUGAACAGCACAUUGGCAGAGGUGCACUGGGACUCUGUGCCCCUGAAGAGCAUCCGAGGACACCUGCAAGGCUAUCGGAUUUACUACUGGAAGGAACAGGAGUCAUCUAAAAGAAACAGACGCCACAUUGAGAAAAAGAUCCUCACUUUCCAGGGCAGCAGGACCCAUGGCAUGUUGCCCGGGCUGGAGCCCUUUAGCCACUAUGCACUGAAUGUCCGAGUGGUCAAUGGCAAAGGGGAGGGCCCUGCCAGCCCCGACAGAGUCUUCAACACUCCGGAAGGAGUCCCCAGUGCUCCUUCCUCUUUGAAGAUUGUUAACCCAACACUGGAUUCUCUCACAUUGGAAUGGGAUCCACCAAUCCACCCAAAUGGCAUUUUGACGGAAUACACCUUAAAAUAUCAGCCAAUUAACAAUACACAUGAAUUAGGUCCACUGGUAGAUUUAAAAAUUCCUGCCAAUAAGACACGCUGGACUUUAAAAAAUUUAAAUUUCAGCACUCGAUAUAAGUUUUACUUCUAUGCACAAACAUCAGCAGGAUCAGGAAGUCAAAUAACGGAGGAAGCAAUAACAACAGUGGAUGAAGCUGGUAUUCUUCCACCUGAUGUAGGUGCAGGCAAAGUUCAAGCAGUAAAUCCCAGGAUCAGCAAUCUUACUACUGCAGCUGCUGAGACCUAUGCCAAUAUCAGUUGGGAAUAUGAGGGACCAGAGCUUGUGAACUUUUAUAUUGAAUAUGGUGUAGCUGGCAGCAAAGAAGAAUGGAGGAAAGAAAUUGUAAAUGGUUCUCGGAGCUUCUUUGGGUUAAAGGGUCUAAUGCCAGGAACAGCAUACAAAGUUCGAGUUGGUGCUGAGGGGGACUCUGGUUUUGUGAGUUCAGAGGAUGUGUUUGAGACAGGCCCAGCAAUGGCAAGUCGGCAGGUGGAUAUCGCCACUCAGGGCUGGUUCAUUGGGCUGAUGUGUGCUGUUGCUCUCCUUAUCUUGAUUUUACUGAUCGUUUGCUUCAUCAGAAGGAACAAGGGUGGUAAAUACCCAGUUAAAGAAAAGGAAGAUGCUCAUGCUGACCCUGAGAUCCAGCCCAUGAAGGAGGACGAUGGCACUUUUGGAGAAUACAGUGAUGCAGAAGACCACAAGCCUUUGAAAAAAGGCAGUCGAACACCUUCAGACAGGACUGUGAAAAAAGAAGAUAGUGAUGAUAGCCUAGUUGACUAUGGAGAGGGAGUGAAUGGCCAGUUCAAUGAGGACGGCUCCUUUAUUGGACAAUACAGUGGUAAGAAAGAGAAAGAGCCGGCUGAAGGAAAUGAAAGCUCAGAGGCACCUUCUCCUGUCAACGCUAUGAAUUCCUUUGUUUAAUUUUAAGUUCUUUGCCAAUAGCCCAUUUCUCUAGAAACUGUAAGUACUUGCUUGCCAGCCUUCUCAUAUUAUGAACAUAAAGGCAGAAAGUCUAUUUUCUGCUGCGUGUUAAUAUUAUGAGAACAGUUAGAGCAAGAUCAUAACUCAGUCAAAUGAUAUAUGUUGAUAUGAACUGCAGUGCGAAGUUCUGCAUCCUUUGUCAUCCAAACUAGGUAUUCUUGAUUUGUUCAGAACUGAUAAAAAAAAAUGUAACCUCAUCAACAGAUCAUGUUAUUUCCUCUUCAAGAUACAGUUUAAUAUGAUGCAUGAAAAUGCUACACAUUUAAAGGACAUACCAGUGUAUGUUAUUAAAACAUGAUUUGAUACCUUGUUUAUACUGUCUUCAGCUGAACCCCUAAAUAUGAAUUCUGUUUUCAUUGUCAAGAGUGUUACUGUAGUAUUCUCUAGGACUUCAAUGUCUUUGUGGACAUUGUUGUGAAAUUGGUGACUCUAUGUCUAGCUGUUGUUAGUCUUUUUGGGAGACUGUUAGGAACAGUAUGUACAGUAUAUACUUGCUUAAAUGAGUUCAUUAUGACAGUUGCAUUUGCUGAUGCUUACUGAGACUCUGUCACCUGCUCUUCGCUCCUGUUACUUCACAACCUUCUUAAUCUUCCAGGUAUUACAGCAGUACAGUGUUCUACUUUUUGCAUCACCUCUAUGUUCAGUUGUUUUUAGGCAUAAAUGAUGUGUAUUGCAAUGCAUUUGGACACUUGUGCCAUCCUGAAAGAAUUAAAAACAAAUGAUUCAAAUGAAAUUUAAAACAUUAUUCCGGAAAGCACAGGGCAAGACACAUGCAGUGCCUUCAGAUGAUCGGCAUUCUAUAACACACUGCCUUCCGCAGUCAACACAGAGUCUACAUUACUGUCAUUGUCUAAAAGUAACUUUUAAAAAGCAGAGAUAAGGAAAACUGCAAUGCUGAAAAAAAAGGAAAUGUGAAAAUAAAAUUAAUAAGACAUUUCACUUUAAGGAGCAUUUUUCCCAUAUGUAUAAAAAGAAAAGCUUUAUCACCAAUUGAAGUGCAUGAUGAUUUUGUGGUCUCUUAAGGUUUCUGUUAAAAUAAGUUACAAUAAAUAAGAAAGAUGUCAACUUGAUAGAAAAUUUUUUUCAAGAAACAAAUUAUUCUAAAACAAAAAACAUGUAAAAGCAUGCCAAUUUAUUCUCAAAGUCUUACUUAUGUGGCAGCUUUUGAAACUCUGCAGCAUUAAAUAAUGUAUAUGCACAUUGCUAUAUACCCAUUUCAGAAUCUAAGAAAUCUGACAAGUGCUAACAAGGCCAACAGUUGAAGGAUUAUAUCUGCAGUUCCAAAAAUAAACACAUAUAUUCUAUUAUAUUCGUAAACAAUAUCUAACAUGGUUUACCUCCAAGUAUGAAAUUCUAUAACAACCUAUGGUUGAAGGAAUGCUCAGUUUCAUUUGCCAAUAAAUUGGUUUCUCAUAACUUGCAUCAAGUUUAAUUUUAAGUAAAGCCUUUUAUAUGUAGAUAUUUUGUUGAAUUUGUAAAUAUACUUAAAGUGUAGAUGCUAUAUGCUUAUAGGUGUUACAUACAAAUAAACAUGCAGUGUGUAUGUUGUACCGUAUAAGAAGUAAGCUAAUUACUGCAGUGCACGGGAUUGGGAAGUGUCUGCUUAACUACCUUUUGAAUAUUUUCCCCCUUUUUGCUGUGAAACUGAAAUAGUGAACUAUUCUACAUAUUGAUGCAGGUUUCUAGAUGAACUCUUCUGAGAUUUGCCUAUUCAGCACAAGGGCCUAGUCAUUAGGUCAUUUCGAUAAAGCACAGUGUGAAGUAAUCCCAAGUAAAGAUGGCCCUCAAUCCUUUCAUGUCUCCGUAUUUGCUUCUCACAGGUCAACCUUUCUAUUGGAAUAGAAAUAUACAAAACAGGCUUGCUUUGGCGUCAGAGAGCACAGAGAUAAAAGUUACUUUAUAUUUGCCAGUGUUUUAGGGUAACAAUAAAACCACAGUUUUACUCUUCCAUAUGGUAGAUGCUAAAUUAUCUGUGCAUGAAGGGGUCACUUCGGUAAUAGUGCAACAGAUUUUGUAUUAAAAUUAAAUGUGGUUUCAAAAAUCCCUCAU